UCUGCAGGCUGGGGAUUCUCUCACAUUUAUAAAUUGUGACUUGUUAGACGUCAGGGGGCCAUAUUCCACCAACUUAACGACAGGCAUCUACACCGUUGUCACGCAAUACUUUCUGGCGUGACAAACCAUAUCGCUGGGGUCCAGCUAAGGCAAUUUGAAAACAACAUGGCGGAAGUGUAGUCCGAACUGAGGGGUAAGUGAAAACGUGUUUAUAAACCGUUGUAAUUACGAACUGCACUCUGCGUAGGUUUAUGAAAGUUGGAUAUCUAAUCGAAUGCCUCAUUGAUUUUGCUAACUGAAAAAAUGUAAAUGUAGGGUAACGCGAACAACGGAGUUAGUUCAGUCGGAACGGAACAGCCAGAUCGAUCUCACCUCACUGUCAUUCAUGGGAUGCAAGAAUGCCCGGGGAUACACCCAUCAGAAGAUUGAAUGUAUUACCUGGACCAUUUGUUUUAAAAAUGUUCUUAAAUGAUGCGAGUUUAUUUAAGGUGGAUUUAGAAGGGUGAACAGUUGGUUGGAAAGUCCGAAAUAAAGAUGUGAAGCUAUUGAUCUGCGACGUGAACAUGCUUGAAUCUGGAAUCUUUUCAGCAGCACAGUAACAUAAGCUGAUCGCUAUACAAGUUGACUGAUUAAAAUUACUAAUAAUUGUCACGGACCAGCAGCAGUGUUUUCUGUUACAUCCAGAUCGCACUGGGUCUAAAUAGUUUUGCAGGUAGAUAACAGCAGCAUAAAGUCGUAACUCAUAGGGCUUUGUUAAUUCCGCUGGACACGUGGUGUAUGUAGCUUUUGAGAAAAGGUUAAGGAGUUUGAGCUGCAAUUUUUUUAGAAACCCAAUUAUAUCACACGCUGCUGACCAUACUCAUGGAAGGAAAAAUAUCUCACGCUGAGGAGCUGCUAAAAUCGUCAACCUUGGACAAAAAAGAGGAGGCGGUCAACAUUUUAAUUGGAAUUUCCAAACAAGGAAACGAGGAAGCCACAGCUACCUUAGCAAAAUGUCUAAAGGACAGAGAGGGAAUUAAUGCAGAGAAUGAACAUGAAGUGAUGUGGUGUGUCAAUACAAAAGAAGAGGACAAAAGACUUCAACACGCUGUAGAAGUCCUUUAUAAUUCUAUGAAAAAGAAUGAUGAAGACAAGCUUGCUCUUCAAGAUAUUGAUGAGGCUCUGAAGAAACCAGAGGCAAAACUCAAGGAAAAAGAGACUGCAAGUCAGGAUACCAGUUCUAUUGAAGAUUUGGAGAAAGACCAGGAAAAAAUAGAACAAGACUUAGGCCUCAUGAGCUUGUUGAUGAACGCUUUGACAGUUGGUGGACAGAAUGAAUUUACUCUGAGUGAGCUGAAGGACACUGCUUUGGCAUAUGCCAGAGGUGAAGUACCAGAAGUUGUUAUCCUUCUCAGUAAAGAGGACAUGGAAAAAUUUCAAAAAGCAUCUGUGCUAGAAAAGAUUGUGCAGUUUCCACAGCAAUCCCUUGAAUCAGCCAAGCACUUCCUUCUGGUAAAGAUUUCAAAGGAAGGAUCAAGUUUUUUGAAGUCCUUGAUUCCAACAUCCCAGAUAUACAUGCUGUUCCUUCUAUACAUCUAUAGCAAUCUUACUGGAGAUUUCCUGUGGUUUCUUGUGCCAUUGGUUGUGUUCUACAUUUCAUUCAUUUCUAUGGUGGUGUUCUCACUUCAAAUGUUUUAUGGUAGAGAAGCUUUGCGGAAGCUACAGAGUGUUUCAGAGCUCAUGAAAAAAUUUGAUCCAAGACUUGAUGCACAAGAGACAGAAAGGACAUUUAUGUGGAAAUCUUCAGCUCCAUAUGUGUAUUUCUUCAUUGUUUUGCUGAUAGCAGUGGCAGUUCUUCCACUUUGUGACAAGCAGUGGAUCCCAUGUUCUGAAAUGGCUUUGGUGGCUCUAUUCUUCACAGUCUCAUCUUUCAGAGGUUUGCCCGACAAAUAUGCUGACUAUGCAUUAUACACUAUUCUCCUCAAGCUAUUGACAACGGGUUUACGCAGCCUGGAGAAUGUACGAGUUUUGGGUGUCCUGUGCUAUCCCAUCUUUAGUGUACCGCUGCCUUCUGGGUUGGAAUUAGAAAUCAGCCUCCCCUCCCUUCUUCACGUGGUCAUCCUCGUUUUACUCAUCAUCAUGGCUGGCCGUCACUCUUGGCGAGGUAUAUAUAAAGUUCUUGUCCCUCACGUAGUAUGCCUACUCUGGUGUCAGCUGUUUACAGAGUUGUUCCAUUUCACCUCGUGGGCGAGUCUGCUUCGUGCCACAGUGGGGUGGGUCAUUUUUGUCACCAUGCUACCCUUGCUGUUCCUAUUCACCAUUGGUCUUACAAUCGCUUAUUUUGUGAAGUGGUUUAUGGCUCUUGACAUCGCGUUGAAACUUGCUGUAACUGCAAUCAUCCUUGCGGUUACAUCAGCGUUCUUCUAUUACUCCAAACUGGAAACUCCCUAUUUGGACAAACUCCGACGAAAGAAGAAACUGCUCAUGGUGGUGGCGGGCCUAGCAGUGUUAUGCCUUCUGGUCCCUAUUGUUUUUGUCAAUUUUGUUCCCUCUCUAUAUGACACCCAUAAGUCUCUGACUUGGGCAGAGUAUUCCAAAACGUGUGGACUGGAGGCCAGGGAGAGUGAAAACGUUAACUUGGCAUCAGUACAGAUACAGUGCUCUGAAUUACAAGGUCAGUCAGUGAACUGGACUGGAACUGUGGCUUAUGUCAAGGUAACCUCACUGGAAAAUCGUUUCAGAAACCUUUUAGCAAUCCUGCCUGUGUUUCUGCGCCCGACUUUCAAGUGCCUUCUUGGAGGAGGAGAAGCUGACAAUGUUUCCAGUCCUCCUCAGAAAAGCUCGUGGCUCCCAAGGGCGAGAGGACCGUGUCAUCUUCGAACUUUUGACAGGUACACGUUUUCUGUUGGGGUGAACAUGACAGAUUCCAAGUCAUACAGCAGUGAAGUGAUUCAAGUUACAGUGAAGCAUCGCUUCUACCAUACCAUGGUCACUUUACAGAAGUACACACAGAUCACAUUUGAAGGACGCUUACAAAACGGUCCGCCUUACGUGACUGUCAGCGCCAAGAGACUUUAUAUCGACGGUGCUAAGGUUAAACCACGGAUUGGACUGGGGCGAGACGACAUAUAUGAAGGAUUGCGUGACUCAGGCAGAUUCGUAGCCCAGUUCUUUAUGACUCCCUUGGUAAUUGAGAGAGAUGAAGACGAUGAUGACUAAAUAGUCGUAGCUGUUGUUAUCAUAUAAGGGGCAAAAUUACUGAAUUGUGAUUGGUCAAGACAGAGGGCAUUUUUUUCUAAAUUUUUGUAAUUGCCCCGGGAAAAAUUACUUGAAAAAGGUUGGCUGAAAAUCUCUUAGCAACGGCUACCAAGGUAAAGAAAUUUCUGUUUGUUUUGCAACAAUGGCGUCCCGUUUUGCGCGAGAUCAGUAAGAAAACAU